AUGUCAUCGAACAAACGUUUAGAUUCAAUUUCAAGACCUUCAACACCUAAAAGGAAGCUCAAGUUUAAACCCAAGCUUGUGGCUAGAAAACCGAAGGAAGAAAGAGAUGCUGAAGCACAUAUUAACACCCCCGGUAUUAACAGGAACAAUCUACGGCUACAACAACCUCAUAGAUUCAUGCCUAAUAGAAAUAGAAUGAACAAAAGGUAUCAGAAUACCACUCUACUUACUUCUGGUCCCCUUAGUGCUGGUGCCGUUCCUGUGGUUCCUGAGGGAAUUAAAGAGAAAGCCUCAUCAUUGGCAUCGAGGAGGACCGUGUCUCCUGUGACAGAAUUGGUAUCUCGAUUGCAUCGAACAAAGGACAAGAACAGGCCUCCUAAGGUAGAACAGGGGACCAAUGGAUUGCAUGUUAAUGAAAUAAAUGUUGGUAGUAAUAGUGACGAAGAGGAUGAUGACCUUAGUGAGGCAGGUUCUGACGUGAAGAUUAAUAUGGGUAAAGAGCUCAACUUCGAUGACGAAGACCUGAAACUUUUUCCUAUGAGAGCCGAGAGGGCACAGCAUUACGAGUUUGGAGAAGAGCCCCAUCCUGAUAGUACCAUAAAGACGGAAUUUCAUAGGGAAGCGUCGGAUAUAUCGAGUCGAGAAGGUAGUAAUAUACCUGAUAGCGGUCCAAACGUGAAAAAGGAGAAUUCCAGCUUGGCAUUUAUUCCCGAGGACUCCAGCGAUAAGAAACAGGCUGCCAUUGAUGCCAUUAACGACUACCAGACGAGGCAGGAGGCCAGAAUACUACAAGAAGAUUAUAGCUCUCUUGUUAAAUACAUGGAAGAGUUUAAGGUGAGCCAAGAUGAAGAGAAGCCAUCUUGUGUGUUACCCUCUGAGUUUUUAUUUCUUCAACUUCCAUCCAUCUUACCUCCAUUUGAAAAGCCAAUAAAGGCAGAAGUAAGCGCGGGGGCAGAGAAGAUCGAGGAGGAGAAAGCCGAUCUACCUACUGGUGUUAUCGGUAAACUAAGGUAUCAUGAAUCAGGAAAACUAACGAUUAAGCUAGGAAAUGUGGUAUUUGAUGUUACAGGUGGAGGACCAGCAGACUUUGAACAGGAAAUCGUCGCUGUAAACCGGGCUGACCAUCAAUGCUAUCAUCUAGGAUCUGUGGGAGAGAAGAUUAUAGCUGCACCUAAAUUAGUAUAG